GUACGCUGUUAGAAAAUAUUGAAUAAACCGUUAACAUUUCUAACUGCUGCAUUUUCGUGGCACGGAUAGCGCACGCUGAUGGAAGCAUAAAAAUGUUCGGUAAAAUGAAUUACAAAAGUGGUACAACAGGGGACGGGAAAUGCAAACGCAAGCGCAAAGACUGUCAACAAAUGCUUUUCCGCCGUCUGUCAAACAUCGAGUAGGGGAACGACGCAAACAUGACAAGCAAACAGCAGCGUAAAGCAAACGUAAACAGAGUUCUCCCCUGGAAGCACCACCGAAUGAAGAAUGUGGAGAAAAGCCUUUCGCUGAUAGCAUCUAUCAAAAGCAGACCUAUUUUAUGGAAACGCGUAUCGAGGAACCACAAGACCAAACGACAGCAGGACGUCGCCUGGAAGGAGGUAGCAGUACGGGAGCGUUGCACCGUACAGGAAGCGAAACAUCAGUGGCAAGUGCUUCUUAGCUGCUUUCGAACAUAUCGAGCGAAAGUAAGGAAAAGCCAAAAACACGAAACGGAUGAGAAUCUAUCGCAAGAAUGUAGGGAGGUGUACACACCAUGCUGGUUUGCGUACAAAUCGAUGCUGUUUGUAUCUUCCGCUUCCGACGUUGAUGAUAUGCAGGAUACACAGAUGUCUACGAGCAUAACCACGACGGGGAAAGAAUCACCCAACGAUUCUGGCCCAUCGGAGCUCACCGAGCAACCACCAGUUUACUCGGGAGACGAAAACAGUUGUCCCGCGUUUUCGUAUCAUCAGCACGUCAGCAUGGGCUCGGAUUCGCCCGACGCCGCAUCACAAGACCCAUUUCCUGCCCCAAGUGCUGGCCAAAGUUUUCCCAGAAUUGAGAACCCUUCGGACCGGUGGGGGAAGGACGAGCGUGAAGAAACCUUCCCGCGGAUAGUAGCCGUGCCGAUGGAUGUGUUGAACGGGACGAGCCAACACCUGCGCAGCACAGCGGCCGUGAUCGGCAAUGAGGUGGCACGGUGGAUCGAGUCGUUCGAACCGCGGUUGCGAAAUUUAGCCAUCGGCAGACUUUAUAUCGCGAUGCACCAGAUUGAUCAGGAAACGCGAACUGGACCGUAGAGGUCGAACGCAACCAUGUUCAAAGCAUGAAGGCGAAAAGGUGCGAUAGGAAAAUUGUUACAGGAAGUAUUACAACCUUUCGUAUAUUUGCAUCCAUUCGGAUUAAUGUGUUUCCGUGAGGAAGAAACUACUCUCUCAUUUAAUUAAUAUUAACUGGACUAUUGUAGCAUUCGUUUGCUUGGUUUAGAUUUAAUUCUAUCUUCUCUUCGAUAUAAUUUUCUUUUCUCCAACUAUUAUAAUAAAUAUUUGCAAAUUUGAACAACUAAAUCAUCGUCCAGCUCGUCUGGUGACUCUGAUCCAUUCCUUAUGAUUCUCUGACUUAUUCAACAAAUCGCUCAUGGACCAGUUUUUGUUUAAUGUCUACAGUAUCUACGGUAAUAAAAAAAGCCUUAAAAGAACUUACCUUCUGAAAUGAAGUUUUGCCAUUUGUAAAUCUUUUCCAUGCUUCGAUGCCGCCUACGAUCUGGAUUCGCUGAAGUUGUUCUAAUUUCUAUCCACGCUGAUGCGCUGAUUUUGCUAGCGCAAGUGUGAAUGUAGGCUAGAAUAUAUCGAGGAUAGAAUUAAAAUUAAAAUUCCAAAAUAAAUCCAAGAUGAACUUACGCCGUAUCGCCUGGCACAUAGUGAUUUUGCGGAGCUGUAACUGUGUGCUUUACUGGGAACGUCGUCUGAAGCUAUAGGAUUAUUUAGAAUACAGAAGAAAAAUAUAUUACUUUAAA